AUGUCUGGUCCUUACGAUUACAACCAGGGCUACUACAACCAGCAGGGUGGCUACCCCCCCCAGCAGGGUUACGGACAGCACCAGGGCUACGACCAAGGCUACGGCCAGCAAGGCUACAACCCCAGCGGAAACUCUGACUACUAUGCCCAGCAACACCAGCAGCCCUCCUACGGUCAAUACAACCAGGGCGGUGGUAACUCCGAUUACUAUGGCGGCCAGCAGCACCAGGACUCGUACCAGCAGCAGGGCUAUGGCCAGGACGCACACAGACAGACUGGAUAUGACCAGCAAAGUGCACCCGGUGGCGCCCAGGAGGGUGAGCGUGGACUUGGUGGUGCCAUCGCCGGUGGUGUUGCCGGUGGUUUCGCCGGUCACAAGGCCGACCACGGUUUCCUCGGUACCAUCGGUGGAGCCAUCAUGGGAAGCAUUGCAGAGGACGCUAUCAAGAAGCACAAGAACAAGGAGCACGAGCAGCAAGGGCCUCCCGGAUACGGUCCUCCCUCCCAGCAGGGCAGCGGCGGUGGCAUGAUGGACCAGCUCGGCAACUUCUUCAAGAAAUAGACUAAACGUCUACUUCAUCCGACCUUCCUUGCCUCCGAGAAUCGUGACGAAUCUUUUUUCUCAUCUUCAUUUGUGACCUACUUCUCUUGACUGGGCUGGCCACUAGAAUAAUCGUCGUUCAUCCUUUCUUCGGUGUUGUUU